CAAGGUAGAGUUGGGAUUAGUUGAUGCAGCACCAUCAGGUGCUUCGCCGGUGCAAAAAAAAAGAAAACGGAAAAUCUAGCGAGAAAUCAUAACGAGAUGAGUAGAAAGUUUAGGUUCGGUUUAUUUCUGAUUCUCUGUAUGCCAUUGGCUGGUGAAUGUUGGGAUAGUUUCCGGCUUCCAAACACGACUCGUCCAACCCAUUACGAUCUGCUCAUCGAGACCGGCAUUCACGCGGGUGUGCUGGAUUACAAUGGAACGGUAAAAAUUUCCAUCAAAAUACUUGAAACCACUAACCAGAUAGUGCUCCACAGCACUCGAAGCACUUUGAUUGAUGUUGAUUUGAAAAACGAUAACGAACUGCCAAUACCAAUUUGGAAGCACGAGUUUGAUAAUGAGAAAGAUUUUCUCGUAAUCACGACAGUCAAUGAACUGGACAAAGGAGCUAGCGUCCAGCUGGAAAUUUCGUUCACCAAUAGUAUCGAUCGCACGGACCAAUCCGGAUUUUAUCGUACUUCCUAUAGCAACGAAGAAGGUGUUGUCAAGAACGCUGGUGUUACCCAAUUUCAAGCAUGCGAAGCUCGAUCCUCAUUUCCGUGCUACGACGAACCCGGGAUCAAGACCACUUUCGAUGUUCGGAUAACAUGUGGACUGGAUUACCAUGCGAGAUCAAAUGCGGACAUUUCAGCUGUCACCAUUAUUUCCAAGGAGAAAAAGCUUGUAACCUUCAAACGAACCCCACCGAUGCAAACUUACCUACUGGCAUUCCUGGUGUCAGAUUUUUCCGUUGAGCGAGAUUUUGCAAAUGCCACCAAGAAAAUUACCGUUCAAUCAAUGGUUCGUGCUAGUCAAACAAGUAAACUAUCAUACUCGGUAGAUGCUUCGAUCAAGUUGAUUAACGAGCUCCAGUCGUACUUCGAUCAUCCCUUCGAGAUGAACAAAAUCGAUAGCGUCGGUAUACGGGAUGCAGAUUUUGCCGCUGGGGCCAUGGAGAACUGGGGCCUGGUAACAUACCGGGAGUCGUUAUUUCUCGCCACUGAAAGUUCAAGCAAUACGGUCAAACGUGACGUGGCGAGCACUAUAGCGCACGAGUUUGCUCACCAAUUUUUCGGUAACCUGAUGGCCCCCAGCUGGUGGUCCUAUCUGUGGCUGAACGAGGGUUUUGCCACCCUGUACGAGUACUAUCUGACCGAUCGGACCCAUCCAGAGCUGCUGACCAAGGACCGGUUUCCAGCGGUGGCCCUGCAGACGGCACUCAACGCGGACGGAAGCGCAACGGUCCGCCCCAUGACUCAUUACGUCGAAACGGUUCCCGAAAUCGAUCGGCUGUUCGACCGGAUUGCGUAUGAUAAGUCCGGAAGUGUUCUGAGAAUGUUGCAGUAUGCAUUGGGAGAAUCCACUUUCGUAAAAGGCCUCCAGUAUUAUAUCAAAGAAAACCAAAAUUCGGUCGUUGAGCCGCGAAACCUGUAUAAGAGUCUACAAAAAGCAGUAGAUGAGGAUAACGUACUUCCUGAAUCAGCCAGCAUUUCGGAUAUCCUGGAUUCGUGGUCCAGACAACCGGGAGCUCCAGUUGUUACUGUUGUUCGAUCAGAUGACAACAAUUACGUCCUGUUCAAGCAAGCUCGUUAUUUUUCUGUAGCUCAGCCAACCGAAAACGAGCAAACCUGGUGGAUACCAAUCUUCAGUUCUUCUGGCGAGGACGAAAAAACGCCUGCCUUUUGGAUUCCACAGUCUCAGCGAGAGAUGAAUGUUUCUCUACAGCUUCAAUCGGAUGAUCCUUUGGUCAUAAAUCCGACCCGAACAGGUUACUAUAGAGUCAACUAUGAUCAACAGAAUUGGGACCUCAUAGUUGAAACGAUUGAUUCAAACGCCAGUUAUUUUAGCCCAACGACGGUCGCCAUGUUGAUCGAUGAUUCCAUGAACUUGGCUCACGCAGGCUAUCUCGAGCAUAAUACAAGCUUCCUGAUCAUGGACCAGCUGAGGAAAAAUUCUGAUUACCUACCGUGGAAAGCAGCUCAUCAGAAUAUUUUGCUACUCGAAAAAAUGCUCGCCACUGAGCUGAAUGCCAAGGAUUUACUGCGUCGAUACGUUCUUCAGUUGACGGAGAACCUCCUAGAAAUCUACGGCCUGGAAGAGCGUAAGGGAGAAAAUGUGAACGAUCACGACAUUCGCCUGAUUGCCAUCGAUCUAACAUGCCGAAUGGGCCAAACGACAUGUACGGAACAUGCCGAGGACAAGUUGCGAAUUCUUCAACCACGAGCGGGACUUUUCAGCAUUCGUUCCGAUACCCAGCAGCGAUGGUACUGCAACGGACUGAGAGCGGCUCGCCAGGUACAAUGGGACAUAUUCAAGCAAUCCCUGCAAUCGGAGCAGGACUCAGUCGGUCGCCAAUACCUGCUGGAUUCACUGGCUUGUGUAAGAGAUCGCGCUGUGUUGGGGCACGUUUUGGAUUACCUCACCGGAAGUAGUUCAAGCAACCAGGAAAUUCUUCGCUUCCUCGGAACUGCGGCCGAGCAAGGCGCGAUCGGACUGGAUCUUGCACUGGACUAUUUAAGCAGUCAACAUGAUGAGUUUGACAAUCAACUUGAUACGCGUCGUGGCGUCGAGAAGUUGCUGGUGAAAUUGGCAGAUUCCAUCGUUGAUCGCACUAGGGCAAAGCACUUCCUACAGCUGGUACGGCUGUAUUUGGGAGCUACCGAGUUUGAGAAAAUUCUGGCAACGAAACUGGACGAACAGAUUCAGUGGAAGGAGACGAACGCUGAGCUCGUGAGAGACACCCUUGAGCGGUUUAUUCUUUGAACGUAAAACGCCAUACGCAAUAGAAGCUAUUAUUUAUUGAUCACUCAACUUUUA